UUCACAAACGACAGCAAACACAUUGGCGGAGUCAGUGGAAAAUGUAUAGAAUAUUUUGGUUUAUUCUCGCCACUCUAGGGGCCCAACUCGAGGGACCACAACCGGAUCGAUCCGCUUACUUGGACAAAAUGGAAUGCGGUGACUGCAAGCAGGUGAAUCGGGAGUGCCAAAUUGUAUCCUCGGGAUACUUCUGCCGCGAGUCAGAGGACACGGAUCUGAUUGAUGAACGGAAGGCCGCAGCAAAUCUGAAACAUUUGAGCAGUUGCAUGGCCCCCGGGCAUUUCUUUCUCAAAAGAGCGUAGAGGAAAUCUCAUCGGCUUGCUGUUUCUGGGCGCCUCAAAUUGGCUGCCAGCAGGUGAAAAAUAAACUGCGGACCAAGCCCUGCUCCGAUUGUGCCACAUACCACGAAAGGGUGGAUCGUUCCUCGAUCUAAAUCCGAUGGGCUGUCCAUGUGGGCCACCGCAGAAAAGUGGCGCAGGCUGCAGCGGAGUCUUUUCCAUUGUAAUUCUGAUG